GAAGCAAGGCCUAGCCAAAUUGCGCUCGUCAGAUGGCCUCUGCUUUUCUCCACGAAAAAAAGAAAGAAGCAGAGGAUGGCUAGAUUAGUACCACUCGACGCGAAAGGGGGCGCCAAGAUAAUAUAUAAACCCCCAGGCACCUCAUUGACGAAGGGAAAGACAUCAUCCAGCACAAACUAAUCAUCAAGACCUGCAUCGACAAUCUUCACCUUGAAUCAAGACUUCGCCUGUCCAAUUACAACCACCAACACAAGCCACAAUGCAGACCUUCACCUUCCUCACCGUUGCCGUCGCGGCUCUUCUCCAGGGCGCCGUCGCCGUCCCGGCUCCCGAGGUAACGCCCUCGCCCACCUCUCUCCCGGGCCACUACGAAUGCACGUCCAUCGCCACCGUCACCACCACGACGCGCCCCCAUUUCGUCUGUGACAUCGUGUGCCCCACGCCCAAGAGCACCUGCCAGCCCGGCGAGCCGACCCUGAAGCCCGUCACCAGCUUCACCACCACGCCGCUGCCCGGCUGCACCGUCUCCGUCGUGGACCAGAUGCCCGGCUGCGGCUGCGCUUCUUGCCUGGCCCCGCAACCGACUGCUUAAAUCUGAGGCUAUUGGUGUGGCUUAC